GCUCCAGAGAGCCACCCACCCUGGCCCUCGGGUGCCACUGUACUGGGAAGGGACUGGGGUGUGGCUCACAUGCUUCUCUCCACGCAGCAUGGCACCUGGGGGAGGGGGCGAUCCUCAGACAAAGGACCAUCUUGGUCCAGCCGGUCCCUGGGUGCCCGUUGUCGGAACUCUAUCGCUUCCUGCCCCGAGGAACAACCCCAUGUGGGUAACUACCGCCUGCUGAGGACCAUCGGGAAGGGCAACUUCGCCAAAGUCAAGCUGGCCCGGCAUAUCCUUACCGGUCGGGAGGUUGCUAUCAAGAUCAUUGAUAAAACCCAGCUGAAUCCCAGUAGCUUGCAGAAGCUGUUCAGAGAAGUCCGAAUCAUGAAAGGACUCAACCACCCCAACAUCGAAGUACGAUGGGCCAGAGGUGGACAUCUGGAGCCUUGGUGUCAUCCUGUACACACUGGUCAGCGGCUCCCUGCCCUUCGAUGGGCACAACCUCAAGGAGCUACGGGAGCGAGUUCUCAGAGGAAAGUACCGAGUGCCCUUUUACAUGUCUACAGACUGCGAGAGCAUUCUGCGGAGAUUUCUGGUGCUGAACCCCGCCAAACGCUGUACUCUAGAGCAAAUCAUGAAGGACAAGUGGAUUAACAUUGGCUAUGAGGGUGAGGAGCUGAAGCCAUACACGGAGCCCGAAGAGGACUUUGGGGACACCAAAAGAAUUGAGGUAAUGGUGGGUAUGGGCUACACACGGGAAGAAAUCAAAGAGGCCUUGACCAACCAGAAGUACAACGAGGUGACCGCCACCUACCUCCUGCUGGGCAGGAAGACUGAGGAGGGUGGGGACCGGGGUGCCCCAGGGCUGGCCCUGGCACGGGUGCGGGCGCCCAGCGACACCACCAACGGGACAAGCUCCAGCAAAAGCAGCAGCCACAACAAAGGACAGAGGACCUCUUCCUCCACGUAUCACCGUCAGCGCCGGCACAGUGAUUUCUGUGAGUGACCCACCCCACCCUGGAAGUCUUGACUGGCCAUCAGAAGCCAGCUGGGGCUCCCUACAGAUGCCAGGGAAAUGGAUAUUGUGAGGAGUUUCGAUCUCACUUAGAUGCUCCAGGCCAGCCUCGAAUUCACCAUCCUCCUGCCUCAGCCCUCCAGGCACCUGGCUUGAGAGGGAAGGAAGGCUAAGUGCCAUGUGGGUGCUGGGAAUUGAACCUGGGUCCACUGAGCCAACUCUUUAGUGCCAGGACAGUUUGGUACACCCGAGAUCCUGCCUCUAAAAAGACAUUCGGACCCCAAGCCUGUGAUACUGUCUUUCUUCCAUCCUGGUUGUUUUCUGAGCUUGUCUUCUCACAGCUCACCGUUCGUGUGGUCCAAAUGGUAGCUAGACUCCUUAGUCAGAGGUGGAACUUUAAUAGAGUCUAGUUAGGGGCCUGGA